CGGGAAUUGGCUUUACCGCCGAAUCAUCCUUGACACCUUAACAGAGAAUUACUACUAUUCAUUGAAGAUUACUCAUAUAAAACUUAACUGUCAUAAGAUUUCAAAGCAUAAUUGCUCAAACAGAUGUCCAGACAACAUCUCUGACUUCAAAGACUUUUACAGAAGAAUUUAUUAAUAUUUUAUAGUGUUUCAAAAACGCUAUAAAGAUAUCUGUUCAACAAAAUUUACGUUUUCUAUACUCAACUUUAGUUCAACAUAGCCUUGACAUUAUGGCGGUCGCUGUCCCACAGUUCCCAUACAUCGAUUUUAACAACAGAUUCACGUCGAUGGAACCAGAAAAUAAUGAUUACAACGGAUCGUACCAAGGAAUCCCGUUGAACUACAACUGUGAUAUAGGAGGCCUACCUUCUGUUAUUAGACAAUCGAUGUUUGAAAAUCUACCGACUGACUAUAACUCAUUUGAAUACGCCGCAAUGUCUGAAAUACAAAUAAACCAAGUAUUUACAGAAGAGGUAGAUGAAGACAUACAGAAUUUCAUCAUUGAGCAUGAUGCAUCAAAUAAUUUUCCAAAUAUUUUUCCAAUGUCAGCUGUAAAUUUAGAGUCUAUAAAACAAGAACAUGAUUCAGACAAUGACAGUGUUCUACUAGAUUUUGAAAACCUGGACUUCUUAGAUGACCAUUCUUCUGGUAGUGCGAGCGAAAUGGAUGACUCUAGUGAUAGUAUACAUGCUGAUAACAAGUCAACCAGAAGACCUUCAUCAGAUUCUGGUUAUUCUGAAACGUCAGCAAUUCUACCAUGCUUUGAGAGUAUCAGUAGAAGUGGGUCGUUGGAAUCAGAAGAUUCUGAUAUUGAUGAUAAACCUUACUGUAAAAGUAACCGAGGUGCCAAGCAUAACUUGUUAUGGAAGUUCUUACUGCAGAAGUUAGAUGAUCCUUAUAAUAAAUGUGUGUCGUGGGUUGAUAAGGAAGGGGGAACAUUUAAAUUUGAAGAUACAGUCACGAUAAGUAAAGAAUGGGGAUCGAGAAAGAGAAAGAACGAUAUGAAUUUUGAGAAAUUAAGCAGGGGAAUAAGGCAUUACUACAAGAGUGGUUUAAUGUCGCGUGUCUCUUCUGAACGUUUAGUCUACAAGUUCCAUUGGUCAAGUGUACCAAAACGCCACAGAAAAUAUUGAACUACAAAGAUACUUCUCAAGAAGUUAACAUAAACUCCAUCCAGCUUAAGAUUAGUUAUAUAUUGAUAAAACAUUCCAGAUUUCCUCCCAUCGAGAGUCCGAGUGUUCGAUAACUAACUACAAGGUUGAACAAUUGAAAAGUGGCAUUAUUUAUCUUGGUAUAAGAUUUCUGAAUUGAAUGAAGCACACACUUUAUCAGGAAUUAUUGUAUAAAAAGAGUGUAGGUUAGGAAUCAGUAGAGGUGCCAGAUACAUAAUGUUAUAACAAAACCAGGUCCCGUGUUCAACUGAUUAACUUAUACUUAAGUUUAAAAUUUAAUUUUUUACCUGUCAUAAGAUAUUUACUUCAAAUCAGCUUUCAACUCUGUAAAGAUAAGGAAUAGUAGCUAAGAUCUUUCUAUAAAUUUUGACCUUGGUGGCAAUGGCACUAUUUUAUAUCUUGAGGCCUAUUUUCUUUACAAUAAUAGCUCACCUUACUGUCAGUGUUAAAAACACAAGCAAUGAUUGAAUUCUCUGCCUCCACUUCAGUAUAUGCUUUAAAAAGCUGUGAAAAUGCCCAUUAAAAUGAAACGCAUCAUGUAAAGCUUUAUGUUAUUCAUGAGAGAAUUAAGAUAGGUUACCAGGCAAUGAAACAUACGCCCACAACAGCUAAGUCGUCCAAGGAUUCAACAAGGGCUGUCACAUAUUUUUGUCUUUUGUCAGAAAUGAAAACAUUUACAACAAAAUCUUACGAGUAACAACCCAUUUGGGUUCUAGUUCUGCCCUGUUCUAACAUUUAGAAUACAGAACAUUUAAUAUCAAUUUCCAUAAUCAUUUGAAUUGAUAGGCUUCUUCGUCUCAUGACCUUCAACACCGUAUUAAAUAUAAAGUCAAUCGAGUGUGAACUUUAGCCUCUAAAGCGUCCACAAGAUUUUCCAAAGUGAUCAAGGGCCAUAACUAUGGCAGUAAUUAUCGGAAAUCGUUAAAAAUCAAUAGGAUUCACUGUGUAUAAAUUUAAAGUCAAUCAGAUAUUAACUUUAGACUCUCUAUGGCGUCCAAAAGAUAUUUCAAAGUGAUCAAGGGCCAUAGCUUUGGCAUUAAUUAUUGGAAAUCGUUGGAAAUCAAGAGGCUUCUUCGUCUCAUGACCUUAAAUACUGUGAGGGCGUAUAGAAACAAAUUGUUGAACCAAACGUAUUUUGAGGGGGUAGGGCUACCUUCUAAGUCUUUCCUAAAUUCUCUCUCAAAUUUUUUAAAAUUUAAUUUAAGCUAGUUAAUAGACCAAUUAUGUAUAUAUAUUACAGACUUAAUGGCAGGCGUCCGACCUGUAUUGAUAAUUAUAAUAUAUAUCUUGUUAUUUGUUAAUAUUUUUAAUAUAUCUUUUAUACAGUUUAUUUUAUUUUGUUAUUUUGUCUAAGAUAACACUGAACUGACAGCAAUUAUCAUAAUCCAGUGUAAUUUAAUUUAAGCUAGUUAAUAGACCAAUUAUGUAUAUAUAUUACAGACUUAAUGGCAGGCGUCCGACCUGUAUUGAUAAUUAUAAUAUAUAUCUUGUUAUUUGUUAAUAUUUUUAAUAUAUCUUUUAUACAGUUUAUUUUAUUUUGUUAUUUUGUCUAAGAUAACACUGAACUGACAGCAAUUAUCAUAAUCCAGUGUAAUGGUGUUCUCAUUUAUCAUGUUCACAACAUAAUGCAAAACUUCACCUGCGAGAGAUGGUGUUAUAAGGCUAAGGUGUUUAGUUAUAGAAAAAAUGUAAUAUCUAUAACAUCUUUCAAGCUGAUCUGUUUAGAUCUGACAAAUCUUGAAAUCAGGCAGGUCUAAUAACACCAAGAUGGCCUGAUUGAUAUUUUUAAAACUAAUUAGGCUUUAUUGACAGAUGUAAUUAUGUCUCAUUAAAUUAAAGAAAACCAAUCACUACCAGAAUCAUUUAUCAUACUGUAAAUAAUAUUAUACAAAAAUUCAUGUUAUAUCAUAAAUGACAGUCAUUAAUUAUUGGAGUUUUCAGUAAUUAAUUAUUGGAGUUUUCGGGAAUAAAGAACAAAGUUGCCAUUUUAGUUGAACAAAAUGUACUUUAAAACCAAUCCAAAAAAUGAACCUUCAUCCAAUACAGGUAUUUUGAUGUUCAAUAAUAAAUGACUUUGCAAAAGCUCAAUGUAAUAUGGCAGCAUAAAUAAACUGAUAUUUUUAUACGCCAACAUUUUUAUGUGGACGUAUAUUGUCGUCGCCCCUGUCCACCCGUCCACAAUUUGUUUGUGAACACUCUAGAGGUUACAAUUUUUAUCCGAUUUUGAUGAAACUUGAUAUAUAUGUUUAUAACCCAACGAUCUUGGUUCCUUUCGAUAUUCGCGCAUAUCGGACCGUAACCUCCUGAAUUAUGGUCCCUAAUUGAACGAAAAAUCGCGUUUUUAGCGUUCAAAUAUAUCACUUGUUACACCAUAUGAGUUCGAAUUUCGUGAAAAGUAUGUAACUUCCUGGAUUAUGGCUCCUAAUUGAACGAGAAAUUGGCGUUUUUAGCGUGUGGUCCCUCUAGAGGUCACAAUUAUUAUCCGAUUUAAAAACCCCAAAAGACCUCUUAAAUAUAUCACCAUUACAUCAUUAUGAAGGUUUAGUUUGAAUUUCAUGAAAAUCGGACCGAAACUGCCGGACAAAACGGACGCUCCCUGUACGCAAAAGUAUGUAUUAUCAAGGUUGUGGACCAUCCUGGAUUAUGGCCCCUGAUUGUACGAAAAAAUCGCGAUUUUAGUAUGUUGACCCUCUACAGGUCACAAUUUUUAUCCGAUUUUAAAAAUUGCUAAAGAUUAUCAUCGUUAAAUUAAAAACCAUUUAAAUAUAUCACCGUUCCACCAUAAUGAAGGAUGCGUUCUAAUUUCGGGAAAAUUGAAACGAAACUGCCCGACAAUAUGGCUGCUCGUUGUACGCUAAUUGUGUACAAGUAUGUAAUAUGAAGGUUGUGGACCCCCUAGAGGUCACAGUUUUUUUCCGAUUUUGAUGAAACUUAAAAUAUAUCUUUAUAUCCCAAAGAUCUCAGUCCCUUUCGAUAUUCCUGCAUUUCAGACCAUAACUUCUUGAUUAUGGGCCCUUGUGGGCGUAUCUUGCCUGACAACCGCUGGUUGAUAAUUAUAAUAAUAUUUGUGUUCAUAUUGUUGUAAAUACAUUUCUUCUUGUAUUCUUAUAAAUGUAUUCAUGUUAUAUCAGUGUAUCAUGUUUGUUAAACAGACAGAACCCCAUUGAAAAAGGAAAAAAAUGUAUUCAUGUUCUUUCAGUUUAUGCCCAUACAUGUUUAUAUUCUAAAAUAAUAUUUUAUAAUAAUAAUGCAAUGAUUUAAUUUAGUUUGAUGUUGGAAUAGAGUCAUUCACAUCAUCUUUUGUCAAAAUACAGAAAUAAGUAUACCAUCUCCUUUAAGAAGGAAAUUACAAAAAUGUCAGUGCCGGUGUAAAUUUAGUGGCGCAAUCACACAUAGAUGUAGCAGUUGCACCUUGAUUGGAAAUUUUAUGUAUACAUGUAUUUUCACAUAACUGAUGGCAGCUCAAUACAAUACCAUUUUAUAAAGGUCACAUUUCUGUUGGCAUUUUCAUCUGAACAUGUUUGUAUUUGUGUAGUACCUGUAAUGGGGUGUUUAGAUACAAUAAAAUCUUUUCUUAUAUACAAGCCAAGUAUUAGGUCAUAUACAUUACCAUCUUUUAUUGUGUAGGCUAUACUAUAUAUUUGUAAUUUGUUAAAUUAUAUAUAAAAUAGAUUUUAAAUCUGCACAUAUAAAAUAUAAAUUAAUUUCUAUAUAUAAUCAUCAUUUUUUAAAAAUCUAAUCAGGUUUUGUUUUUGUUUUGGUUAAUACGAAGAAUAAAAAAACUAUACAUAUUUCA